AUGGAUCAGAGAGGAGCUCUCCCAGCCGCCUGGUGCCUGUCCAGAGGGAGGCCUGAGGAGACGCUCCCUGUUGACGCAGGGUCGUGCCAGGCCCCGCCCCCUGCGGCUCGUGCCUCUACCUGCUGGAGCUCAGUGCGCAGCUGUUUAGUGUUCAACAUGUCGGCUGAAGGUCCCCGGCUCCUGACGGACUAUGAGACCCGGAUCCUGCCCCGCGCCGGCGGCUACGGCCGCUACAACCGGGCUGCGGUGGCGUUCAGCUGGUUCCCCAGCUUCGCCGUGACGCUGAACCUCUUCACCGACCUUUUCUACACCCUCAUCCCGGACUCGUACCACUGCAAGCCGGACCCGACGCUCCUGCCUCCCGCUCUCCUGCCGGGCAACUUGUCCCGGCAGGACUACCUGAACCUGACGGUGCCCUGGGUGAACGGCUCCGGGCUCAGCCGCUGCCAGCUCUACAAGUACCCGGCCAACGCGUCGGACCUGUCCGGGAACUGUCCCCGGGAGACGGUGUCCUGCACCCGGGGCUGGGAGUACUCCUCUGCCGCGGGGCUCCACACCAACUUUGUCACGGAGUGGAACCUGGUCUGCAGCGAUUACUGGAAGAUCCCCCUGCAGCACAUCUGCUUCAUGACAGGGUGGAUUGUGGGAUACGUCUUUCUGGGUACGAUCUGUGACUGGCUGGGUCGUCGGCGAUGUUUCCUGCUCUCCAUCAGUCUGUCGGGCGUGUUCGGGAUGGCCGUGUGUCUGUCCAGCAGCGCCGUGAUGUUUCUGCUGCUGCGCCUCUGUCAGGGCACCAUGCUCGCCGGCAUGUUCGUGUCCGCCUACGUUUCCAGGCUGGAGCUCUGCGACCCUCCCCAUCGUCUCAUGGUCGCCAUGGUCGGCGGCUUCUUCGCCGUGUCCGCGGAGCUGCUGUUGCCGGGCGUCGCCGUUCUGUGCCGCGAUUGGCCGAUUCUGCAGGCCGUGGCCACCGUGCCCCUGAUCCUGCUGCUUCCUUACUGGUGCUGUGCGUCGCUGUUUCCCGAGUCUCCUCGCUGGCUGCUGGCCACAGAUCAGAUUCCCGAGGCCAAGAUCAGCCUCCAGGAGUUCGCCGUGAGGAACGGCGUGUGUCGGCAAGACGAGAUGUUCCCCGGGGAAACCCUGAUGUCCGAGAUAGAUUUAUUGUAUAGUGAGGACUGCCAGCCGAGGUUUUACUCAGUCCUGGAGCUGCGUCGGACUCGCGUCAUCUGGAAAAACUGCCUCAUUCUCAGCUUCACUCUCUUCAUCGGAACCGGCAUCCAGUACUGUUUCACCAGAAACCUGCACCUUCACUCCUCCAACUUCUACUUCACCUACUUCCUCAGAGUGAUCACGGGAGUGCUGGCCUGCGUCUUCGUCUGUCUGUCCGUCAAUCACUUCGGCCGGCGUGGAAUGCUUCUGCUGUCCGCCAUCAUCACGGGGCUGUCGUCGCUGCUGCUGCUGGCCCUCACCCAGUAUCUCCGAGGCGGGCUGGUGUUGGUGCUCUCUGUGGUGGGUCUGCUCUUCUCUCAGGCUCUCGCCAUGCUCAGUACCUUCUUCGCCUCCGAGGUGAUGCCGACUGUGGUCCGGGGCGGCUGCCUCGGCCUGGUGUUGGCAGCUGGUUGUGUCGGCAUGGCCGCCUCCUCCCUGAUGGAGCUCCAGAACAACGGCGGCUACUUCUUGCACCACGUCAUCUUCGCCUCCUUCGCUGUCCUCUCGGUUCUCUGCAUUAUGCUCCUACCUGAGAGCAAACGCAAGUCGCUCCCAGACUCCCUGAAGGAGGGCGAGAGCCAGCGGCGCCCGCCUCUCUUCCUGUCCCGGCCUGACAGAGACCACCUCCCCUUGCUUUGCACGCAGCCCCCCAAGUCCGAGUACAACCCCGAUAAUUAUUCCCGCCUGGUUUCUGCCACCAGGAAGAUGUUGACGAAAGACAGUUUGCCGUACAGGAUCGCAGCUCCCGCUGUUGCUCCUCUGCUUUCAGACAAUGGCGCUCAAAAGAACGAGACACGGAGGGAAGUUUUGUCGUAACCAGAGCCUCACACUUUGAAUACUUCUUCGGAAAAUACCUCAGUCAGUCUGUGAUCAGCUUUAUUGAAAGCUCGUCACUUCCUCUGAUAAAGAACAGACUUCAG